AUGUGCUAUGUACCCUUGGCAUUUGUCAUCCUCUUCAUACCGAAGCUUUAUAGCUUCUGGCUCGGUGGUCGGUAUCUGGAUCCGGCAAGCCCCAAGACGUACCAACCAUCCAUUCUUGCCGCCGAUGAUUUAGACCACAAGGUCAAGUCCCGCAUCCUCCGUGCCGAGGCCGCCUUUGCCAAUGGCCUCGAGACCUUUGGUCUGUACGCCGCGGCGGUGGCCUCAGUCAAUGCCGCACCUGUCCACCCGGCGCUGGCCAACGGUCUGGCGGGCGCGUACCUCGGACUGCGGGCCGCGUAUAACCUCGUCUACGUGGUGCUGCAGGACGACCCGCGAUGGGCGCUGGUGCGUAGCGCGCUCUGGUUUGCGGGCGUGGGCGUGGUGCUGGCCAUGUUUGGUGUCGCGGGCGCUGCUGUGUAUUAA